CUAGAGCGGCCCACGGAGAAAACCAUAGAGAUGGGGCCGGGCUAGAGGGCCUGGCCAGCGAAAGCUUCGAAUCUAGAGCACCUGGGUCUUAAAAGACUGGUUUUAACUGGGAAGCUUGAGCGCGUCCAAAAGCGUUGGACUUGAGGGCCGAGCACCGGACCCAUUGCCAUGAAGUCCAGAGUGGGAUUGCUAAAGGGAGCGUGCGUGUCGGAGUGCGUGUCUUCAUGGUUGCUGUGGGUUUUACGGCUGCCCAGUUCUGAAAUUUCCUGGUCGAUACAGGGCUAGGGCUGUGCUCUGUAGUUUCCUACAAUAACUUGUGGUUUUUCAGUACAGCACAUACCGGACAUCCAGAUAACUUACAUCAGUGUAUUGAUCCACUCCAAAUCUCAACUUCUGAACAAAAGCUCAAAGCCAAAUGUACUGGGUGGGGGGAAAGGUAUACAUAUGUUACUAUUUUUCUUUAUUUUACUUGUUAACGUAUUGAAAGUAAAUUUGUUUUGUUUUGUUUUGUUUUCAUCAUGGGAAACCCUUGGCUCCCCCACCCCACCCCUGGCAUGAAAACUCUGGGUUUGGAGUAACAUACCGAGUUCUAGUUUGGAGAAGAAAGCACCUUUUAGUUGUGUGACUCUGGGCAAAUCAUUUAAGUUCUUUGUGCCUCGGCUUCUGCAUCAGAAAAUAGGGCUAAUGACCGUAUCUUUCUCAUAGUUUUAGGAUAAUUAAAUGAGUUGAUAUAUAAAGCAUUUAAAAACAGUUACUGGUAAAUAGUAAACACCCUAUAAAUAUUCAUUAAGACACAAAGAAACAUGUCAAAUUGGGAGACCCAGUGAGCAAAGGAAUCAGGAAAUUCCAAGUUUGUUUGCAAAGCUCUUCACUCCCAGGGCUUUAAUCCAGAUGCCCUUGUUGACUCCUACCCUCCUGCCUUUCCCAGUGACACUGGGGAGUGAGACAUAAAGCUCCUAUCCCAUCUCUUGGGAUUUUCCCCUCCCCUGGAAGGCCCAUAAUCUCCUAGCUUGUCAUUCUCUUCUCAGAAGUGAUUAGGGGCCAGGCUCCAAGGAUUAAAGGAGCAGUCUGUGGAGUGUCUGAGUAGGGGUACUCCACUUUGAGUUCAACCACUCUGCCCUCUAAGAAUUAGAACCCAUGGCCCUUGUGCCAGGGAGCAGCGAGGAUGGGCCUUGGCCUAGAGAUAGCCCAGGCUCCUCCCAGCACCCAGAAAGUCCUAGGCUGACCAGCCCCCUGUGGAUGGACAGAGGAGAAAUUGGCAGGGUUGAAGGUCACCAGGAUGUUCAGGUGGUCUCUCAAAAGACUCGCCUGCCCUCCAUUGUGGUGGAAGCUUCUGAGGGGAGUGAAGAGAGCGGGGAGCUGGGUUGGCCACAAGAGGAGCUGCUGCUGCUCACUGAUGAGGAAGAGGAGGCCGAGGUCUUCUUCCAGGACCAAAGUGAAGAGGCAGGCUGGACUUGGAGCCCACUGGACCCCAGAUCUCCCUUAAGAACCUUUAACCCAGAACUCAGCUGGGGACAGGAACAGGUAGAACAAGAGGUCUCCUGGAUUCCCGAGGACGCAGAGUAUCAGGAAGCCUCCAACCCCUGUCCUCUCUGGAACCCAGCAACAGGCUCCCAUGUGUGUAGAAGCUGCUUUGUGGAAUAUUCACACCUCCUGCCUCCCGGGAGCUUUGAGGGUUGA